GUGUUUCCACUGCACCACAUGAAGAAGCAACGUGUCUAUCCCAUGUCCUUCCUUUCUGGCUUGCUACUUUCACUUCCUUCUCCACAGAAGUCGAACCAAAAUAGCCUUUCUUCUACUCGCUUUAGUUCUCGUCUCUGUUACUGAGAGGAGUAGUUUAAUAGACUUCCGAUUCCGCCAUGGACGUAGCAUCUCAGCUCGUCUACUGUGGAAUGGCAUUCUCUUAUGCCCCUUCCUGUUCAAGGAAAAGCACAGUGUCUCACUUUAACUUUCCCGCCAGAUUCAGGGCUCGUAAGCGAAGUGUUAUUGUUUCUGUUGCCACUGAGCCUAAGCCCUCUGAAACUGGAUCUUCUCGAGCUGUGCCGCCGAAGACGAUCAAUGGAGUCUCCACGAGGAUUGGGGAUGUUUCACAGGAGAUUAGGAGAGUGAGAGCACAAAUGGAAGAAAACGAACAGUUGGCAAUACUCAUGAAAGGUCUUCGUGGGCAGAAUUUGAGGGACUCCCAAUUUGCUGACAACAAUAUACAGCUUCGCCUGGUUGAGGUGGAGGAAAGCAGCGAGUCUUUACCUUCGGUUUAUGACCCUGUUACCAUCUCCUCAUACUGGGGAAAGCGUCCUCGUGCGGUAGCAACACGUAUUGUCCAGUUACUGUCUGUUGCUGGCGGUUUUCUUUCUCGUAUUGCGUGGGAUGUGAUAAACAAGAAGGUGAAAGAGAAUGAAGUUGCACGGGCCAUUGAAUUGCGGGAGAUUGUAACCUCUUUGGGUCCAGCAUAUAUAAAACUUGGGCAAGCAUUGAGCAUUCGGCCAGAUAUACUAUCACCUGUAGCAAUGAUGGAACUGCAGAAGCUUUGUGAUAAGGUUCCUUCAUUUCCAGAUGAUUUAGCUAUGGCCCUUAUAGAGGAGGAGCUUGGUAAACCUUGGCACCAAAUCUAUUCUGAACUUACUUCCUCCCCAAUUGCUGCUGCAUCUCUGGGUCAGGUAUAUAAAGGCCGUCUAAUUGAGAAUGGGGAAUUAGUGGCUGUUAAAGUACAGCGGCCUUUUGUCCUAGAGACUGUAACCGUUGAUUUGUUCGUCAUCCGGAACUUGGGAUUGUUUCUCCGGAAGUUUCCUCAGAUCUCCAUUGAUGUUGUUGGGUUGGUGGAUGAAUGGGCAGCUCGUUUCUUUGAGGAACUUGAUUAUGUUAAUGAAGGUGAAAAUGGAACACGCUUUGCUGAAAUGUUGAGAAAGGACCUUCCACAGGUUGUUAUACAUAAAACGUAUGAUAAAUAUACUUCAAGAAAGGUUCUUACAACGGAAUGGAUAGAAGGGGAGAAGUUAUCCCAGAGUAAAGAAAGUGAUGUUGGAGAACUGGUUAAUGUGGGAGUUAUAUGCUACCUAAAACAGUUACUUGAUACUGGCCUUUUCCACGCUGAUCCACAUCCUGGGAAUUUGAUCCGCACACCAGAUGGGAAGUUGGCUAUACUAGACUUCGGUCUUGUGACAAAAUUAACCGAUGACCAGAAGUAUGGGAUGAUUGAAGCAAUUGCUCAUCUUAUUCAUCGAGACUAUGAUGCUAUAGUCAAAGAUUUUGUCAAGCUCGAAUUCAUUCCAGAGGGGGUUAAUUUAGAACCUAUCUUGCCAGUUCUGGCCAAAGUUUUUGAUCAGGCACUCGAGGGUGGUGGAGCCAAAAAUAUUAACUUCCAGGAGUUGGCAUCAGAUUUGGCCCAACUAACAUUUGAUUAUCCAUUUAGAAUACCCCCUUAUUUUGCUCUGAUAAUCAGAGCCAUUGGGGUAUUGGAAGGCAUAGCUUUAGUGGGAAACCCUGAAUUUGCCAUCGUUGACGAAGCCUAUCCAUAUAUUGCGCAGAGACUCCUGACAGAUGAAUCACCUCGUCUGAGGAAUGCCUUACGUUACACAAUAUAUGGAAAAUCUGGAGUUUUUGAUGCUGAAAGAUUCAUUGAUGUCAUGCAAGCCUUUGAGAAUUUCAUAACUGCAGCUAAAAGCGGAGGUGGAGAGAACCUGAACGGGAAUAUGGCUGGUCUAGGCCUUUUACAGAGUCAAACACAGUAUAUCCCUCCUGGAUUUCUACCUACCACCUUGCAGCCAAUUAAAACAAGAGCAGCCUUAGCCUUUCUGCUGUCUGACAAGGGGAAUUUUUUCCGAGAAUUUCUGCUGGAUGAGGUUGUGAAGGGAAUUGAUGCAGUUUCGCGAGAGCAAUUGGUACAAAUCAUGGCAACCUUAAGAAUUGGAAAUUCAGCUCCAAUUUUUACCAUGGUUUCUGCAUUUGGGCCAUUUAAGCGUGAAGCACUUAUUCCUACAAUCACUGACGAGGACAGAGUUAUAUUGAACAAUGUUCAAAAGGUUGUGGAUUUCUUGUCAGCUGGAACUUUAAAAUCAAAAACAUUGGAUCAGGGUGUGGAUUUUGCCCAGGUUGCUCAAGUGCUUCUUCCAGUGUUGCCAGGUAUCUCAGCAACAGUUCUCCCUGAGGUGCUCAGUCGGUUAUCUUCACGAGUGUUAGCACGCUUAAUUCGGGAUACAUUUUUGUAAUGCCUUUUACUCUUCAAGCUAAUUAAAUGUGCUUAUAAUAACUAAUAAAAAAUUGUUCCUAUAAUUGUCAUUUGAAUGGCUUGAAAUGAAAAAGAUAAGGCCUCCCCUGCAUUUGUAUAAUUGGUUGAGGGAGGAAGGGAGGAAGGGAGGAAGAGAGGGGUUAAAAGCUGGGUCAUGUACAUAUUUGUAUAUUACUGCUUGAUUCCAUUAAUGAGUUUCAGGUUUUAGCUGGAUUACUGGAAUGA